AUGACGCAACGCGGAUUCGCGCCCGCUGCUGAUAUGGCGGCCAUCACGGUCGACAUGCGUUCCUUACGCCCUCUCGUUGUCGUAAUCGGGGCCACUGGAACGGGAAAAUCCAAGCUGGCUCUCGAGAUCGCCACAAAGUUCAACGGGGAAGUGAUCAGUGCCGAUUCGAUGCAGGUUUACAAGGGUCUGAACAUUAUCACAAAUAAGGUUACGGCCGAAGAGCGUCGCUUGGUGAAACAUCAUAUGUUGGAUUUCCUCGACCCCCUGUCGACAGACUACUUCGUCACUACAUUCCGAGAUAGGGCUCUAGAUAUCAUAAGUGACUUGCAUAGCCAGAGCAAGCUGCCUGUUAUAGUGGGUGGAACUCAUUACUAUAUUGAAUCACUGUUGUGGAAAGUCCUCGUAUCCCCCAUUCAAGAGGAGCCUUUACUGCAGGAUAGUCCUUGUUCGUGUAGUAAAGUGCAUGAAGUUUUGAAACCUCUGACAACAAAUGAAUCCACUCCUGAUUCAAUCUGUGAAGUGGAAACAUCAAAGAAGAGGAAAAGUAGAGGCAUGCCUCCUGAAUUGGAGUCCUUGUCCAAUGCUAGUCUCCACACGUUCUUGAAGGAGUUAGAUCCAGAAUCAGCAGAAGCAAUGCAUCCAAAUGACAGACGUAAAGUAAUUCGUGCCCUUGAGGUCUUUCACACUCAGGGGACUGCUCUCAGUGAAGUCAUCAAACGGCAAAAAGAAGAGGCAGGUGGCAACAGCUUGGGUGGACCUCUGAGAUUCAACCAUGUCUGCCUUCUGUGGGUGCAGUGCCAGCAGGAGGUUUUGGAUAGGCGUCUUGAUGACCGGGUUGAUCAGAUGCUUCAAAAUGGCUUGGUCCAAGAACUUCAGACCUUUCACAAGGAGUACAAUAUGACAAGGGAAGUGUGUACCUAUGAGGAAGGAAUUUUUCAGUCAAUUGGGUUCAAGGAGUUUCAUCCAUAUUUGAUGACAAAACCAGAUCUCAGAGGGGAAGAGAAGGGGAGGAAGCUUUUUGAGCAGUGUGUUGAGAACCUGAAAAUUGCCACCAAAAGGUAUGCAAGACGUCAGGUUCGCUGGAUCCGUAACAGAUUUUUGCGCCGCCCAGAUCGCCCUGUCCCUCCUAUUUAUGGUUUAGAUGCAACAGACUUGGAGAAGUGGAAUGAUCUUGUGAGUGGGCCAGCAGAGGCAGUUGUGAAGAGUUUUCUGAGUUGUGAAGAGAAUCCUCUGCUGCAACCUCUCUCCCAGGAGGAGCCUCUCAGGCAAGAAAAGCGGACAUUCUUUUGCUCUGAGUGUCAGCGACUGUUUCUUGGUUCCAAAGUGUGGGAGGACCACCUGAGAUCACGAAAGCACAAGAAAAUGGUGGAUAGAUCUCGAAAGAAGAGCAAAUCAUCAACGCUUGUCGCAUGUCCAAGUGUCUCAUGAGGUGCCUUUGUUUCUUACGCUGGACGUUCAUUUCUGGAAAAUUACUUUUCUGCAUAAUUUUCUUCUAAUGGUUUUGACAGCAGUUAGAAAAGAAGGUAACAACAUUAUUUUUUACUUUUAAUGAGACCAAGAAAAGAGGCUUUUCUCAGAAGCUCUGAAGAAUAUUUAUGAAAAGCAGUCUCAUCUCACAGGCACAGUGCUCCCAAUGUGUGUAUUUCAGGGUUAUUGGGUAGCAAAAGCACGUAAUAGAAGCAGCGAAUAGCCUUGUUAUUGUGUCUUGAAGAGAAUGAUUUCUUCACUCUGUAUGGGUAUUCUUGCUGCACUGAGAAGUGAUGGAGAGAAAGUUAUUCUGGGGUUAGAUUAUGCAUUUUGAGUGAUUUACUCUGAUUCCAUCUUAUUUCCACUAUUUUCAGAACCUCUCAUUUGCAACUAUUCAUAUACUGUCAUUGUUUUUGUCAGUGAAUACUGAAACUACAUUUUUAUAUGCUAGUAAUGCCAAAACAGAUUGCAGCAAGAUUCUGCAAGAUCUUUUCAUCUAGUUCUUGGGAGUUAGCAUGGUCACCAAAAGGGAAUAAGUUACCUCAGUAAUGGGAUUACUGAUUACCAUUCAUGUACCCAAAUACAAAUGUAAUUUCUUCAAAACACAAAACCAAUGUGGUUCUUUGUUUAUUUUGGUAGAUGGGUGGGUGAUUUAGAGUUCUCACUUGCAUUUGGCAUUUCCUUUUCAGUCAAAAAGAAGGAAAUUGGUAGUCAUGGAUCUCAGAAAAAUGAAAGGUAAUCAAGGUGAUUUGAAAGCUGGUCAACUGAAUAUUCAUUAACUUGAACUCUGAAGAGUUGGCUUGGGACACUACUGCAACCAACCAACCAGCCAGCCCUUCUUAUCUCACCAAAAGCCCAUCAUUGAGCAGUUUGGAUUUAGCAACCCUCCCAUUAAUUGCAUAAAACGUACAAAGAGUGAAGAGUGUAUCCCUAGGUAUAUGCCAAGAACGAAUUUUUGAAACUGUAUUUCAGCAAUUGAUUUCAGUGCCAUUAGCAGGAACUUACUGUGCUAUCCCAAGAAGCAAAUCUGUCAUAACUUUCUAUAGCUCUGUUCAGGAGAAACAAAAGAAAAGUACACUCUUUGGGCACUGUGAUUAAGAUCCUCUCCA